AUGGUGCCCCUCGAACAGGCUAAGAAGCUCUCUCUCCAUGUGGAAAAGCCAAUAGGGAGAUCUGGUACGUGGAGACUUGCCCAAAAGAUUCGUCGAUGGAGUCACUACCAGACUUACCUCAGUGGUCCGUAUAAAUGGGCGCAUCCUGUCAUCGAAACGGAAAUGCAGCUAUGUGCAACUGUUCAGCGCGAGUCAUUCCUGAAGGAAGAAAUCCAAAAAGUCCAUACGAAUUCAAUCGGGCAUGACGAAAAGCAACUACAGAAUUGGGCUGAGGAACUAGUCCUCCUGGACCAAGAAUAUUGGCGCCUUGAGAGAACUCUCUAUAUCGCCCAGUGUAAUGUAAAUGGCUACGUGAGGAUUGUGCGAAACGAGGUGGUUGCUGUGGCAGACAAUGCAAAUGCUGCGAAAGGUUACCAGAUUUUCAUCGGAUGA